AAAAUUUUAAUUUGUUUACAUUUUUUGUUUGUAUUUUUAUUUUUUUUUGCAAGCAAAUUUAAUAAAAAUAAAAACAAUGGACGAUUUGGGGAAAUUGAAAAAGAAAAUUACAAAUUCCUUUAAAAUAAGUGGUUUCCUAAUUAGAUCCGAAAAUAGUGUGUUCUUGGCUGAACAGUUGCUGCCAUUUGAGGAAGAUGAACGUGACAAAUGGUUGACCAUAAUCACCGAAAACCUACAGAGUCAACGUUUAAAAUCAGCUCAUGUAGAUAGAGCUGCUUUAGAAAAGGCCAUCAAUGAAAUAAACCGUGUGGGUUUGGAUGAAGGCGAAGCUGUAUUUUCGGUGAUAAAUGCAUUUGAUAUUCCUCGCUAUGUUUACAAUAAAAUGAACAAAAAAUUUGAGCUGGAUCAUGACAAAAGAGAUAUUUUGGCCCAGCCUUGUUUGAAGUCGGGACAACUGAGGCAGCGCUAUGAAAUGUUAUUACAGAAAACUCUAAGACAUGAGUUGUUUGCGCCGGCAGUUAUUGAGAAUGGUGUAACUUCCGAAUCGAGAGCAAAGAAAUUCAAAUUGUUUUAUUGUGAAAAUCUCUUGGCCAAUUCUUCGGUUGAGGAAGCUGUUGUUUUGGGUUUGUUAACUCAACUGAAGGAGGGCAAAUUUUACAUCGAAGAUCCCACGGGCUGUGUUGAAUUGGAUUUAAGUGCGGCCAGAUUUCAUGCGGGCUUCUUUUGUGAAGGGUGCUUUGUCUUAGCUGAAGGGUCAUAUAAUGGAGACAUUUUAAAAGUGGACGGAUUAGGAUUUCCUCCUGCUGAACCGGCUGCCAGUAGUCGAGCCUUUUUUGGCACUCAAAACAGUUGGGGAGGUGACUCUACGAAAUUAUUAAAAUAUUCUACACGAUUGCAGGAAUUAGAGAGAACAAACACUGAAGCCACUAUAGUGUUCCUCUCAGAUGUUAGACUAGAUGUACCGGUGGUUAUGGAAAAAUUACGCAUGUUAUUUGUGGGCUAUGAUUCCUGUCCUCCUGUAGCUAUAGUACUCAUGGGACCUUUUGCGGCCAGUGAAAGACAACAUCAUACCUUGAAACAGCACCUCAAUGCCUUGGGCGCCUUGGCCAAUGGUUGUGAACAGCUGAAAAAACAAACGGAACUUAUACUAAUACCUUCUUGUGAAGAUCCUGCAUCUCCCAACAUAUUUCCCCGAUCACCUAUACCAAACACCUUAGCUGCAGGUUUGCUUAAGGUAUGGCCACGCACACGUUUAGCUACUAAUCCUUGUCGUCUACAAUAUUGUACACAACAAAUUGUCGUUUGUCGUCUCGAUUUGAUGGCAAAAUUUUGCCGAAAUACCCUUCAUUUUCCACCGGAUACAUCGAAAAUUGAACAACACUUUGCUCGUACUCUAAUAUGUCAGGGUCAUUUAACACCGAUUCACCCUAUAGCCAUGCCCGUGCACUGGGAUUAUGAUGCUGCCCUGUGGCUGUAUCCAUUACCCGAUUUAAUAGUCAUUGGUGAUUCAUGUCAAAGUUUUUCGACGGCACAACACGGUUGUACGGUAUUGAAUACCGGAUCAUUUGUCAAAUCGAAAUUCGCCUUUAAAGUUUAUAUACCAUCGACAAGGACCAUAGAAGAUUCAGAGAUUCCUGAUCAAAUGGAUGAAGAAUGAAGUUGUUUUUUAUUUGUGUAUACUACAAUAAGGUUUUUAAAAAUGGUAAAUAAAAACUGUUCGUAAAAAAUUUCAAUCGA